CAACAAUAUCUUCCAACAUCAACGUCAACAUCAACAUCACACAAUGGCAAAACGAAAGCGCACUACGAACGGCGACCCAGCAGCCGCAACUGCUGCGACCAAGAAGGUUAAAUCAACUGACCCACCGGCCCCUAAAACCACCACCACGAUCCAAAUAGUCGCGGGAUCCUACGACCGAGUCCUUCACGGCGUUACGGUAACAGUACGCCCUGACGAAGAUGCCCAAUUCGCAGACACCUUCCUCUUCAAUGCCCACACAUCCGCUAUUCGGAGUCUUGCGCUCUCCCCGCCUUCGGCCCCUGUCCCAAAGCAAUCCCAGAAGAUCAUCCUCGCAACUGGCAGCACUGACGAACGCAUAAACCUCUAUCACCUCUCUGCACACGCACCUUCGAGGAUCACCGUGCCCGUUAUUCCCUCCCUGACGUCCAGAGCCGUCGUCGAAAAUCCCCAAAAUCGCGAAUUGGGAAGCCUGUUACAUCAUUCAUCCAGCAUCACUGCUCUGUAUUUUCCCAACAGGAGCAAGCUGCUAAGUUCAGCGGAGGACAGCACAAUUGCUAUUACACGGACCAGGGAUUGGAGUUUAUUGUCUUCCAUAAAGGUGCCGAUUCCCAAACCGGUAGGCAGGCCGAGUGGAGAUACAGCGCCUUUGGGAGGGGCACCGAGCGGGGUGAACGAUUUUGCGGUACAUCCCAGUACAAAGCUCAUGAUUUCAGUAAGCAAGGGGGAGAAAUGCAUGAGAUUGUGGAACUUGGUUACAGGAAAGAAGGCGGGUGUGUUGAACUUUGAGAGGACGAUGUUGGGGGAAGUAGGAGAGGGCAGGUUUAGUAGUGGCGAGGGAAGGAAAGUUGCCUGGGGAAGUACGGAUGCAGGGGAAGAAUUCUGUGUGGGAUUCGAGAGGGGAAUAUUGGUAUUUGGCAUGGAUAGCAAACCCAAGUGCAAGGUUGUGCCGGAGCCGAAGAUGAAGAUACACCAGCUUUGUUAUGUACAGGUGGACGAGAAGGAAGAUAUUCAAGUCUUGGCGGUGUCGACAGAGGACGGCAGGAUAUUGUUCUAUUCUACGAGACCUGCGGACCUCACGACAGCAAAGGCGGCUGAAGGGAAGGAUGCACCCCUACCUUCUGCGAAAUUGAUUGCGCAGCUUGGAGGAAAAGAUGCUGGGCUUUCUGGAAGGGUCAAGGACUUUACUGUUUUGAGUGUGGGCGAAGGGACCUCGAAAGAUCUAUUCAUUGUUGCAGGAAGCAGUGACGGUGCUCUCAGAGUCUGGAAGCUGUCUGCAUCAGAUUUAGCCCGUCAUAGCGACAAGGUCAAGCAGGUUGGAGUAUUGCUCGGCACGUACGAGACGAACAAUCGAAUCACAUGCCUGAAGGCAUUUAUCAUGCUCCCGAAAAUGGACGAAGCAGAAGAGGAGGCUGGGGAAUUGGAAGACUUCGAGGGCUUUGAUGAAGAGGAAGGGGACUCGGAGAGCAGUAGUUCGGAUAGCGACUAAAAUGAUACCCAUCAGCUGGCAUUUUUAACUGAGAUCCACAUGAUGUUCCACAUUGUCAGAG